GCCUAUCCUCGCGUCGCGCCUUCUCGUCUUCUUCCAAAUCUAUGUAUCCGCAUAUUCCUCUGCAAAUCCUUUUCUGGCUUCUUUUUUUUAUUGGCUUCUCUCCAAGAAAAUAUGAUUACUGAAACCAUGUUUGCUCUAGUUUAAUCUUCAGUCUCCAUUUCCCCCGAUGGCAUUCCUUGUCCGUUCUCCGGAGAUACCCACCGUCUCAGCAAGAAGCUUCCCCGGUUCGAGUUCGAGUGUGAGACAUGUGUUUAUGAGAAGAAAGGUUACGGUUUCAGCUAGAGAUUUGUCUGGUGUGAAGAAUCAAAAAUCAAGAUUGUACGUGAAGUUCUCAGCUCCGGUGAAAGAAGACUGCGAGAUUAGUACAAAAAAAGAAGAAAAUAAGCAGAACUACUACGUGAACAUGGGUCACGCGGUUCGGUGUCUCAGAGAGGAGCUCCCUUCCUUGUUCUACAAGGAGCCCAACUUUGACAUCUACAGGGAUGAUAUUGUGUUGAGAGACCCUAUCAACACUUUCACGGGAAUUGAUAACUACAAAUCAAUAUUAUGGGCGUUACGUUUCCACGGAAGGAUCUUCUUCAAAGCACUCUGCAUCGACAUUGUUAGUAUUUGGCAACCCACGGAGAACACUCUGAUGAUUCGAUGGACUGUUCACGGUAUCCCUCGUGGUCCUUGGCAGACUCGUGGUCGGUUUGAUGGCACUUCAGAGUAUAAAUUCGAUAAGAACGGGAAGAUUUAUGAACACAAAGUUGAUAAUAUCGCCGUUAACUCACCUCCAAAGUUUCAAAUGCUCAAUGUUAAGGAGCUUGUUGAAGCCAUUAGCUGCGGCACCACACCGAAGCCAACGUAUUUUUCAUCAUCAUGGUUGGAAACAUAUUAGUAUUGUGUAUGUAAUGUAGCUUGUGUAUAUAGAGUUCCUUGUGUGGUUAUAGAUAGAGUUCAAAUACGGGUGGGAGUAGAGUUUGGCGUGUGUAAUAUAGAUGACGAAUAAUGAAAUAAACUCAAUAAAAUGAUGCAUAAAUGAAUAAUAAAUAAACAAAGUAUUGAUAGAUAAGCUUAACUAUCAACUAUUUUUAUUA